UUCAAGGGAAACAUUUGUUGCAUAUGUAGGUUAUAUUUUCAAACUUUUUGAUUAUUUUUGUAACAUAGCAGUUAUGUAUCAUUAUUCAUUACGUACGUAUCCUGAAGGGGUCAAAUGGAAAGUUAACAUAAGGUUUGUUUUUAAGUUAUUCUAGAAUUUUCCAAUUUGUGGAUUUCAAAACAUGUCAAAAUAUUUUCUGGAGCAAGAUAAGAAUUCGGGGACUUCAGAAGAUGAAGAAAAUGAUUUUCGAAGAGAAGGUGAUGUAUCGCAAUCGAUGUGCAUUGCUACCAGGCCAAAAGUUUCAACCCCUGUUAGCUUACUUAUUGAAUCUUUAAUUCAAAACAUGGUCAAUAUUUACGAGACUGAUACCAAAAAGGCCUCUGUCAUGUAUAAAGUUGUGUGUGAUAAACUUUUCAAAAUGGAACUCAUUGAUGAAAGUUACAAGAUGGGUGAAUUUGAGGGAAUGAGGAGUGAGUACCAAAGAGCAUUUUUUCAUUUAAUCAGUUCUGUAAAAAAUGGAGAUGUGACAAUACCACCAAGGCCCAUUUGGCCAAAUUCUGAGUUAAUUUCCCACUACUUAAGGGAAUUUGAUGAAAUAGAAUAUAUAGCUGGAGGAGGUUUUGGACAAGUCUUUAAGGUCAAACAUAAGUUGGAUGAUACCGAAUAUGCAGUUAAAAAAAUUGCUAUACAUUCUGAGGGUAUUGAGUCAGUAAAACAUUAUCUCUCGGAAGUUAAAACGUUCGCCAGUAUGAACCAUUCCAAUAUUGUCCAGUACAAAGCCGCUUGGCUUGAAAUUGGUCCACCUUCCAUAAAUAAGGCAAUUCUUCAUACCGAGUGGGAUACAACUAAUAGCCAGAGACCGAACAAAUUUGUUGAACAGUCGGAUUAUAUUUACCAUAGGGAAAUAUCUGAUUCAUUUACGGACAAGAAGUUCAAUGACAGCACAGAUUUUGAAAUUAACUUUGAGCACAGUGCUAGCGGGGUGUCCAUACCAAGCCGGUCAAGCUCCAGGAAGUGUAGACAAAAACGUCACAGUGUGUCCGAAGGUGACAAAGCAGUUAGCAAGCUGGACUUGAGGGAAAUCGAAAAGAUCCGCACCAAUAACAGGCCCAAAAUAAAAUGGGCAACUCUUUACAUACAGAUGGCUCUGUGUCAAUGCACACUGAAGCAGUGGCUGGAGACGAGAAAUGAUGUGGCUCAACCUGAUAAGGCAGUAGUUCAAAUGAACAGUGACAUUAUCAGGAGGAAUGCCAUUAAGCAGAUUCUCAUUCAGGUGCUGAGAGGUCUGGAAUACAUUCACUCCAAGGGAAUUGUUCAUCAUGACAUUAAACCUAGCAACAUUUUUAUCCAGAAAGAAAAUGGUAUUACUUUGAUUCAGCUAGGGGAUUUUGGGUUAGCAUGCCCCUUACAAAGUGUCAGGCACAGUCUAGCAUUUGGAACUAAGUUGUAUGCAGCACCAGAACAGUUGGCUGGAAAAUGUGAUCCUAAGAGCGACAUGUACUCGGUCGGUAUCGUCUUAUUCGAGCUGGUCGAGAACUUUAAGACCGACAUGGAACGUGUGGAAAACAUUACGGAGUUGAGAAAGGGACGCCUGCCUGUCAGCGUUGCUUCCGGCGAACCGGAAUUCGCUCACGUCAUCGAGAAAUUGAUGCGGAAAAAGCCGGAACUCAGACCCGACACCACCGCUUUGCUUCACUCACUGACAGCUUCCGAGGAAAACGGCAAAGUCGAGCUGCUCAAGGCUCAACUCGCAGAGAAAGACGAAGAAAUCGCCCACCUCAAGGAGCUGCUGAAGUCUCACGGUAUCAAAAGCGUUUAAUGUGAUAUGAUUUUUAGAUGUCGUUCAUCGGAAAUAAUGUUUAAAGUUAGGUUAGGUUUAAAAAGCCAACGUCAUUACGGUUGCUUUCGGCAAGUUCCGUUGGUGCGGAUCAUUCUUUCCUAUUACCAUAAUUAUUAUAAGUUAUGAUUAAGCAUAAUAAUUCUUUUGAUCGUGGUUAAAAUAUGUUUAUAAGGAAAAUCAAUCCGGUGCUUCUCUAACCCUUGAAUUUUUAAAUCAUUGUAUUAAAUCGUUUAGGUGUUGGUGCAGACUCAGGCGAAUCGGCCCUUUCGAUUGAAAUUUCGUGAUAGUUCGUGAAAGUUCUUCUUCAAGAAUUUACGUUUGUGAUUUUUUAUUGAAUGACUUAUUUACUACUAGCGCACAAUACGCUAAGGCCUAAUUUUAUUUUAUUAACUUCAAAAAUUGCCUAAAAUGAUAUGUAAAAUUUGCGUUUCUAUUCCUUCCGUAAAAUAAGCCGAACAUAUCUGAAAUACACUCACCAUCAUGAAAACCAAUAUUAUACAUAAAAAAGGAUAUUUAAUGUUUGGUGAUAUUUUAUUGUUCUGAUAACUUACCCACAAACUAAACAACAUAUCUCAAUUAAUUGUUAUUAACAAACAACCAAUCGUAUAUUUCAACAGUACAAAAAAACAAGUUUAUAUUAUCCCAAUGUUAUCUUUAUAUCAAUGAAAGUGUAUUGCUAAGAAAUGCUGAAACGAGGCAUUUCUAUCAACGGAUAUUACCUUCACGUGCUUGAAUUGCCUCCAUUCUUCUUGGUAUGCCUAAAAUGAAAUAGCGGAUGUCUUCGUGAGGGUUAAGUUCCGAUUCCUCGAAUAAGGGUUGUUCUAAUUCACUUCAAGAUAAAGGAGCAGGAGCAUGAGUUCCUAUUCUUCGCUCAUGCAUGUCCGAAAUCCGAAAUAAACUACUUCAAUUACUUCAAUCUGUGUGCUGGAGAAUAGUUCGUAAUGUUUUUGACGUAUAUGUGUGUGCAGUUUUGUUUUGAGAUAGAGAUAGAGAAUUAAACUUUUGUUUCCCCCAAAAAAUAAUCAAACAGUUUUAUGGAAACCAAAUUUGGGAAAUAUUUUAUCGAAGUUAUUGUCCAGACACACCCAAUGUUUAAUAACAAAUCUAUUUCAUGCUUUUAUGACUCUCAAAAACAUAAUUUAUUCAAGCUUGCCGCACUUUUUGAAAAAUAGCUGUAAUAUUCUUAAUUUUUUUUUUUCAAAAUAAACUAAUACACAGGUACUGUUUUAAACUUUAUUAAAAUAUAAAAAUAAAUUUUAUUUCUAAAAAAUACAAAUUUAUUAAAAAGAAAACACCUUUUCCUUGUUAAGGUCGGAACCUGUCCCACACUACCUCGAAAGAUGCCGCGUAGAAAGAAGGGAGAAGCCGCAGUAUCAACAAAAAAUGUCUAAUUGCCGUUUUUUUUUUCUCAAUUCGAGGCUAGAACAAAUGUUACAAACGCCACCACAUUUUAAGCAUUUAGUGGUUGUCUUUUGGUAAACCGCGAACUAUUCCACAGGAUGAUUUUUUAAUCAUAUAAACUUUCGAUCACCUGGUUAUAGCUUUAAAAAUCACACUGACAUUUUCUCCUCUCUUUAGGUGUUAAGACGUAGAUGUUUUGCACCUUUCGUUGUUAGGACUUCAUCAGGUUUGUUGAUUAAUUGAACAUCUGUCUCAUCCAUAUUUAAAAUAUGAGCCGGCUUAUACAAUAGGUAUCACUCAACAGAUAGAAAAAUGUGGGAGUUUCUUCUGCGUUAAUUUCUCUAGCUUUUGACUGUGAUAAUCCUUGAGAAUGCUUUAUUGGCAAUGCGGAGUUUUUUUUUUUUUAAUGAUAGCAAUAAUAUGUCAAGCUGCCAUUGUCAGAAAAUUUGUGUUUCAAUUUUAGUUUGUCCGCAAAGUUGAAAGCCAACCGUCGAACUGUAAUUUAAGUGCAACUGUCAUUUUGCACUGAGAGAUGCCGGGGCUGGUUAUCAAGGUCCGAAAUUUAAAAUGCACAAAAAUAAGGCAUAACAUGUGUAAACUUAACUUUAAAAUAUUGAAGAAAACUUCCGAAAUUUAUUAGAACAGUACUUAGUUCGUUAUUUUUGUGGCUUUUUUUAUUUAGGAACUUUUAUCAAAUACCUGGACGCUGAUUUAGAAGCAUAAUUUUUGGUGUCUUGAUCGUGAUUAGCCGAUCCUGAACUAAAUCUUGACGAAAGGCACACACGUUACCGCCGCCCGUUAUCAUCUUUGUAAAUCUGGGAAAUGGAAAUAGCGGUUGAUGUUACUUGCCAAUUUUCGUGGAACCAUGUGCCUUCAAUUUUAAUAUUGUGAUCGCGCCUAUCGCGUUUUAGCAGUUAAGAACUGUCGUCGCGCUCAUUAAACGCUAGUCGAUAUAACGGCCCCUGACAGAGGAUUUUUGUGUUCCUAGCAAGCCUCAAAAUAAAUAUCAAAAUAACGUCACAUCAUUGUGAAAUACUUAAAUAAGGUUAGGUUGUAUUAUUACCUCGUUUAUAAUAGGUUUUUUUUCACAUCAAAUCCGAAACGGCUUUCUGAUCGAUGUAAAAACAGUAUAAAAAGAAGAAGCCUGCCUACUGUUAGGUUGGUUGUUACUUGUUCUGGAGUUAUAAUUUAUCAGCAAAAUGUUACACUAAAAUUCAUAUUAUGUUGAACUUCAAUAAUAAGUAAUAACCAAGCAUAACAAGGAAUCCCCUCAUUUGUAUUUAUUUCAUUUUGUGUGCAUUAAUAUACUAAUAUUAUUGAACUGUCAGACUAGUGAUUUGAAGCCAGGUUCAAACUUAUGUGUAAAAGGUAAAGAUCAAUAGCAAUACACUCCAAACCUCUCGAAGUUUAAAAGUAAUGUGAAAACAAACAUAAUGUAAUCAGGCGAAUUUGAAUUUGAAUAUUUUCUAUAUCUAUGUAUAUUUUUUCAAAAGCGAUGUGAACGGGUCGUUUUUCUUAUUAGAAUUUACGAAAAAGGUACAAAGGUAUUGAUUUCCAGAAGAGCGGCAAUAUUUUUUUUCAGUAUAGACGUUUAAGAAUCGACAAUUUAAGCAAUUUCUUGUCAGGGACCAUAUUUCUAGUAGUAAUACAUAAUUAGUUAGGAAUUAAAUGGAUGACAAAAUGUGCCGGUCGCCUCUUGGAAGGAUUUAAUUAUUAUUGAUUGGAGUGUGCUACUAGGGGAGAGAACAAAUUAAUCAUUGUAGAAACUCGGCAGACAGAUGUUUUCUUUGUCAUUCGAUUUGAGACCUGUUAAGACAGUAAUUAUUGCGUUUUUGGUUAUUUCCAUACAGUCCGUUUGUAGUCAUGUGGAAGUUUAGUUUUAAGCGAGUGUUUUCUCGAAAGACCGUUUUUAUAUUUUCUGUGAAAAUCUAAUUUAUUCUGUAUUUUGU